AUGGUUUUCCUAAAGAUUGUCAAGACUUCUGCUUACCACUCCCGUUUCCAAACUCCCUUCAGAAGAAGAAGAGAAGGUAAGACCGAUUACUACCAAAGAAAGAGACUAGUCGCUCAACACAAGGCCAAGUAUGCUACUCCAAAAUACAGACUAGUUGUCAGAUUCACCAACAAGGACAUCAUCUGUCAAAUCAUUUCUUCUACUAUCACUGGUGACAUUGUCUUGGCUGCUGCUUACUCUCACGAAUUGCCAAGAUACGGUAUCACUCACGGUUUGACCAACUGGUCUGCUGCUUACGCCACUGGUUUGUUGAUCGCCAGAAGAACUUUGCAAAAGCUAGGUUUGGAUGAGACUUACAAGGGUGUUGAAGAAGUUGAAGGUGAAUACGAAUUGACCGAAGCUGUUGAAGACGGUCCACGUCCUUUCAAGGUCUUCUUGGACAUUGGUUUGCAAAGAACCACCACCGGUGCUAGAGUCUUCGGUGCUCUAAAGGGUGCCUCUGACGGUGGUUUGUACGUUCCACACUCUGAGAACAGAUUCCCAGGCUGGGAUUUCGAAGCCGAAGAGUUGGACGCUGACAUGUUGAGAUCCUAUAUCUUUGGUGGUCACGUUUCUCAAUACAUGGAAGAAUUGGCUGAUGAUGAUGAGGAGAGAUUCUCUGAGUUGUUCAAGGGUUACUUGGCUGACGAUAUCGAUGCUGACUCUGUCGAGGACAUCUACUCUUCUGCUCACGAAGCUAUCAGAGAGGACCCAUCUUUCAAGGCCACUGAAAAGAAGUUCACCAAGGAACAAUACGCUGCUGAAUCCAAGAAGUUCAGACAAGUCAAAUUGACCAAGGAACAAAGAGACGAACGUGUUGCUGCCAAGAUCGCUGCUUUGGCAAACAGCCAAUAA